UAAAAUUGAUACGAAGUAAAAUAGCUGUUUACUUAUUUAUUUAUUUUAUCACCCACACUUUAUACAUUAAAUGAAACUAUGGAUUAUAAUUUCCUUGAUAAGAAACUCCAUAAAAUUGUAAUGUCCUAAGUAUCCCUUAUUGACUUCCCUGCGUGUAUAUGCUUUUAAACAGAGAGAAGAUAACAAGCACAUAAAAAAAAGAAGGAUAAACAAGUCACCGGGAAUUCUUAUUUUCUCUUUUAUGGCUGAAAAAUCAAACCAAAAAGAAUCACUAUCCGGUACAGACAAUAGAAGUGCCCAAAGGAAUGAAUCAUCUGGGGUUGAUAACACACAGUGUCAGAUAAUUAUUGAUGAAAGUAUUAAUAAGGAAGUGAAUGAAGGGAUGAAUCUGUCAGUUGCCGGAGCCAGAGACAGGCGUGUAUUCAAUGUAAGCAAUGAUGAAAUAGAUGACGAUAAUGACGUCGACGACGGUGGAGAUGAUGAGGAUGAAGAGGACUUUCGUGAUUCCCCUGACGAAGACAACGAUGAUGUUGAUGAAGAUGAUGAUGAUGAUGACAGCGUCAGUUCGAGUUCCGACUCAAGUGUCGCCAGACUAGUACAAACUGCACGCAAUUUAGUUCAAGUAGAAAAAGCCCAACAAAUGGCACAAUCAACUAGUGGAAAUUUAAAUCUACCUGACUGCCAACUAACUGACGAAGAAGUCGGAAGUCAAUCUACAGUGCUGAUUAAAAGUGAUACCGAUAUAAAUAGAUCUUCCAGUUCCACAGACAAUAAAACAGUAGCAGUAACCUCAUUUUCCCCAAAAAAUGAUUCCACAGCUACUUCAAAGCCUAUAUCUUCAUCACCGACUACUACUACUACAGUGAUUAGUGCUAAAGCUGCAGCUACUCUUGGUAUUGAUUUAUCAGAUAAAUCGGUCGGUCUACUAACUAUACCGUAUACAUUGGAAACUAGUCCACGGUGUAAAAAUAAACCCAAGGAUUACUUUAAAAAGAAAAUCGAUAAAGAGUUUAUCGGUCAAUUACAGAGGGGUAAUAAAAGAAACAGUCGAACAAGAGAAUCGAUACACGAAUCACUGGAACGAUUACCUACACUAGAAGAUGAGGGUAAGAAGUCUGCCUCAUCAUCAGUGACAUCAUCAGGACAACAUUUUCAUCAUGACAAAUCUGAGGGUCUUUUGAGGAAUUCAUUUUCACCAGCUGACUUUUCGUCAAUCUCACCUAGACACAGUACUGCCACUAGUGGAAUCAGUGGGAAAAAGAAUAAAAUAGGCUUUCAAUUCUUUCGACCUAAACCAGCUGUACAGUCUGGAGCUAAAUUGGUUCAAGUCAAAGAACUGAAACGUAUGAUACGUGCUGGUAAACCAAGCUAUGAACAAAUACACAAUUGGGGUCAUUCAUUUGAAGCCUUACUUAAUGAUAAAUAUGGACUUGCUUUAUUCAAAGAUUUCCUCAGUACUGAAUUCAGUGAUGAGAAUAUUGAAUUUUGGAUUGCCUGUCAAGAUUACAAGCAUACCACAAAUCCUAAGAAGUUAGCUAUGAAGGCUAAUCAAAUCUAUACAGAAUUUAUUGCAGUUCAAGCUAAUCGUGAAGUUAAUUUAGACUCUAAAACACGUCUACAAACUGAAGCUGACCUUUCUAAUCCUACAGUUAACACUUUAGAGAAUGCUCAAAAACGCAUACAAGCAUUGAUGGAGAAAGACUCCUAUCGACGUUUCCUUCGAUCGGAAGUUUAUUUAACCAUGUUGAAAGAAGCCAGGGAGACAGCAAAAGCAGCGGCUACUGCAGCAUUAGCAGCAUCCCUGCAAGAGGCAACUGAUGAGUUGGAUGAACCAGUCUCUCACUUAGUUCACUCAACCACUUAUACAUCACCAUUCUCAUUUCUAAGCACAUUCGGUAGUACAUUCAGUACACAGAAUACACCGAGUUUAAGUUUACCUGGGGUUGCAGCAGCAGCCGCUAAAGCUGAUGCUGGUAUGAAUAAUAUACAAGAUUUACAGUUAUUAGGCUUAUCUACUUCAAGACACAUGAGAGACAGUAAACUGAAUCCAUCGACAGGCCAUCGACCUGUCACUCCUACUGCAAGUUAUCCUUCUUCAAAUAGUAUUACUACAUCAACCAGUAAUACAUGUCUAGCUCAGAAUACUUCAGAUCCUCCCAAAAGUGGUUCGACAACAUCCACAAGUGGUACUGGUAAUAGUAAUACAGGGGUUAGGACAACAACAACAACUACCAGUGGAACCACUUCAACAACUAUCACAAUCAGCACCAGUGUCGGUCACAUAGAAUCCGAUGGUGAUGCCACCACUGGCAACAGUACUUGUAGUCUAUCUGAUGUAAAUACAUGCUCAAAAGAAGAAACCGAUGAUUCUUCGAAGUAA